GGCGGUUUGGGGGUUUUGGGGGGGGUAUGGGGGUGUUGGUGGUGCUAUUAGGGGUUCUGGACCCCAAAAAAAAAAUUCUUUUUUUUUUUUCUUUUUUCUUUUGCGGGGUGCUGUCGACCCCCGACAGGUAGGUGCCGACCAGUCAAGGGCCACCAACCGUCGGGGGGUGCAACCCUGCUUGAAACCAUGCUUAGAAGCAUGCUCUUUAGAACCAUGCUGAGAACCAUGCUGAGAACCAUGGACUUUGCGGCUUCCAAGAUUCUUUUCUGGAAUCGAUGGCAUUAUGUAACUGGGACAUAUGAUGGAAGAUUCAUAAGGGUGUAUGUUGAUGGCGUUGAAGGACGGAAGACAGCUCUGCAAGAUGCGCAGCUGGACCAUGAUGGAUACUUGUCAAUUGGAGGGGCAGAGUUUGAUCCAUUCGCUGGAGUGAUUGAUGAGUUGAGGUUAUGGAACAAGGCUUGUACUGAAGAGGAGGUGCGGCAACAUAUGGUGAGGCCUCUUGAAGGGGGUGAAGAAGGACUUGUUGGCUAUUGGAAGUUUGACGAAGGUGGUGGGCAUACAGCAUACGACUUCACCUCAUUUAGGAACCAUGCUGUGCUCGGAUAUGGUCGCCGGAGACCUCGCUGGAAUGCCUCUUCGGCCCCGGUUUUAGUUCAUUGUGCAGUUUCUGAGGGGAAGCCUUCAGAAAUAAGGCUAGGUGGAAUUGCAGAAGCUGGAGUGGAGCCAGUCCCUUUUGUUGUUAGUACUCCAACAAUCGGGAAGCUAUACAGAGUUCUAGAAGGAUUGGGGGCAAAGGUUGCAAUCACACGGUCUCAGAUCCCACUGUACAUUCCUUCCUUUACAGUCCUGUUUGCUCCGCCAAAUCGUGCGAGUAUGAUGAAGGGGGAGCAAGCAUGUGCCAUCUUUGAAUUCAAGGUACAUGAUGGGUCACGACCGUCAUCGUUCUCAUCUCAAGUGAUGAUCGACUGUGUUGCAAAUGCCAGCCAAUGUGCCUCUCCCGCAUCUCCACCAAUGGGGCCAUCAUCUUGCUGGGGUCUCAGAACAAAGGAAAAGAGUCCCGCCGCCAUAUUGAAAGAAAGAAAGGAAAAGAAGGAGGCCAAGAAACAGGCCCUGUUGGAAGCGCAUGCGGCGAAGAAGAAGAAGCUUGAAGAGGAGAUGGAGAAGUUGAAGAAAGAAGAGGAGGAGAAGCUCAAAGAAGUAGAAGAAGAAGAGGAAGAAGAGGAGAUACCCCUAGUGAGGACGGUGAGGAGAAAGGAAAGAGGGGAAUCAAGUGGGGUCAGUGAAGAUGAGAAGAAACUAGAAAAUAUGGUGUCGGAGUGGGUGGCUAACUUAUCCUUGGGGGAAGAUGAAGAAGCGUUGAUGUACAUUCCCCAGGACAAGAGGGAUGUUGUUAUGGCAGAGAUAAAGGUCCUGACUGACCCGUUAGAGCAGCAGGCCGUGGAAGAGGAGAAGAUACUGGAGUGGAAAUUGCGACUGAGGAGGCAGAGAAGGAGGCGCAUAUCACCGGCCACCGACUUAGAGAAGGAAUUGGUUGCCGCAGCAGAACAACAUACUAAUGCGCUGACACAAGGGGACUUGCAAAGCAAGGUGGAUGCGAUCGCAAAAAGCAUAGAUGUCUUGUGGAAGCUGAGAGAAGCUAACUUCAAGAUCAAUGCGAAGAAGUGUGAGUGGGCCAAGACACAUGUUUUAUACAUGGGCCAUGUUCUAGAUGGAGAUGGCAUAAAGCUUGAGGAUAGUAAGAUAGUUGCGAUUAGAGAUUGGCCGACUCCCUGCACACUGACAGAGUUGCGGUCAUUCUUAGGAUUGGCCAAUUACUAUAGAAAGUUCGUCAGGAACUUCUCCACCAUCGCUGCUUCCCUCCGCAGGUUGCUGAAGAAAGAGGCAAUCCGGAAAUGGGAUAAAGACUGUACGUCGGCCCUAAAGAAGUUAAAGCGGGCGUUAAUAGAGUAUCCUGUCCUUAAGGUAGCCGAUCCAUCAUUGCCAUUCGUCGUCACCACUGAUGCAAGUCAAUAUGGCAUAGGUGAUGUUCUACAACAAGACGAUGGUAAUGGAUACAGACCCGUAGAGUUCAUGUCUGCUAGAAUGCCUUCAGAAAAGGUAGCGACAUCCACCUACCAAAGGGAACUCUACGCUCUCAGGCAAGCAUUAGAACAUUGGAGGCACUUCUUGCUUGGGAGGCACUUCAAGUGUAUUCAUACCACGAGACGCGAAGGUGGCUGAAAACAAAGGCCAAGAGGACAG